AUGGCAUCAGCAUGUGACGGGGAUGUGAUCGUGGGAUACAUCAGGAUGAACAAUAUCCAAGCGCUGCGCAGAUUCACUCCAAAGAACUUUGAUUGGAACCAAGGUCAUGGCGAAACGAGGACGCUCCUUUUGAUUUUGGCCAUGCUUUCGGCUGGAGCUGACACUUAUGAGCGAAGGUUGAGAGUCAUAGAGUGGAUGCUAAAGGCCGGUGCGGACCCUCAGCGGCGCAACUCGCAAACCGCAACACCGUGGCAAAUAUGGAAGACGCAUGACAAGGAAAACACAAUGGUCACUGUUUCUACAGCUGGACGCUCUCCAAUUUCCUUUGCAUUUGCGUGCGUUGAGGCCAUGCGCCAAGCAGCAAGUGUAGACUGGUCCGCGAGAAUCAAAUUCUUCGAAGGCGCCUUGGAGCUCAUGGCAACCACCAAAUCGAGGCCGGACGAGAACAUACCGGUGCCACGCAGCGUUGUCGACACGUGGGAGGCUGUCCGGGAGAUGACGUCCACACACAACGUGGUCUUCGAAGCAGCUGACGAUGAGGUCUCGGCGCAUGACCUUCUCCUUGUCGCGGCCUCUCCGGUUCUCAAAGCUAUGUUAGAUUCCACAAUGCUGGAAGGAUCCAGCAAGCGCAUUUCGGUGAAGGAUACCCCGAGCUCUGGGGUUCGUUUGUUCGUGGACAUGCUGUAUUCGAGUUCAUCUCGCGAUGAUCCGGACUGCGAGGCUGCGCUCGUUGCCUUAGAGUUGGCGCACCGAUGGCAAGUGCUCGGUCUGGUUUCAGUCAUCGCGGGGAUGCUUCAAGAGAUGCUUACGGAGAGCAGUUUUGUAGCCAUUGCAGAAGCCGCAGUGCUUCGGGACUUAGACUGGCUACAGAGUUCCUGCGUGGCCUUUGGGGAGAAGAAUGCCAAGAUCCAAGACAUGCUGAAGAAGGGCACCCUCCCCGUUCCCGUCCGCAAGCUUCUAGGGGCAGUACAGGCCCCGGAUGCCACAGAGGCAGAAGAGGGACCCAAGGGCAAGCGGCGCCGCUUCCAUGCACCGUGA